AUGGCGCGCACCCGAUCUUACUACAAAUCUAAUGCGGACUGUGGAGGACCGCAGCAGCAAACUAGUCAAACACCUGCUACUGCUAGUUCCUCCCAGACUGCAGAUGCAUCGCAGUGCCCAACAGCUUCUGAGACAACGUGCAUACUGGAUGGAAUCAAGAAUUUACUCGAGUGCAGCAUUUGUCGCGAAAGGUAUUGGGGAAGUUACCAUGUCUAGAACCAUAAUGAGCGAAAAUGAGUACUCUUAUUGUGUUUGACACCGUUUCAGCUAUAGCAGUCUGCAUACUCACUUCCCUCAAUGCGAUAUUGCAAUCGCUUACUGCUAGCUAGCUAGCAACAGCUGUUCCCGAUGCUGUUUCGACAUAUCGAAGCACCAAAUCACCCAGGACUAUCUCCUACAGUUAUUUUGCAGCAAAUUUGGAGAUUGGCUGGUACCUGCCAGUAAUUUUUGCAGGAGAGGCCCGUCUAGCCGUCCCUUGUGAUUGGUGCAAGCUGUACCCAGUCAGCCAAGCAGAUCAGUAGUGGCACACAAGCCCAUAAGUUGCAGGCCUAGACUAGUCAUAACUAAACCUACCUAGCAGUCCCUUCCUAUGACCGAUUCCAAUGGCCCCAUUGACACGAGCUGCCCCACGGUCUGAUAAGGAGACUUGAUGAAUUUUAUAGAUUGUGGGGCGCAUAUGACUUCGGUUUCGAUUGCACAUACUGAAUACUGCCCCUCUCAAGUGGGCAGUCCUUUGUGCCCGUAAACUAUUCAGGUACUCGUCCGUACACCAGCGGCAAAAUCUGAGCGGUUAGAUCGUGGCCACCAUCUGCUAGUUCGAUGUCUGGAAUGUCUACUUCGGCAGGCUGCGCCAACAAGAGGCGUAACUAUUGAGAAUUGCCUGAUGGGACGUCUGUUCUCUUAACACUUGUGCUUCAGGCCGCCUGCUUUAAUUAUCACGUUAUUUUGAUUGUACUUUGUUGAUUUUGUCAGUUGACCUCUCAUGAGGUAUCGGGUUUCUCUUGUUUUACAUUUUUAGGUUUGUCCAACCAAGGAUGCUGCCUUGCCAACACAUUUUCUGCGCAACAUGCAUUGCGAAAAUGACGCAGCGCGACACUUGUCCUGUUUGUCGCAAGCGUUUCGUGCCCCAUCGUAUUCGUUCAUGUUUGCUCCUCAACAACUUGCUUGAGCUGGCCUCUAAACACCCGUCACUUGCGGCUCCUCGAGAGCCGUCCCCUCCACCGGCGCCACGACAGGCGACUUCUACAUCGGGCGUUGACGACCAGUAUACGGUAAAUACAUGAGGCCGUCUCUCCAUAUUACCCAUGCUCUACGAGUGGAAUUACCACGACCACUGAGAUGAUAGUCGCCAUUUGAAGUUUCUGAGCAGGCCGAAUUUACCUGUCCGACACUUUCGUAGCGGUUCUUAGGAACGUAACCUUCAUCGACUAACUUAGUGAUGCAGCAAGUUGGAUUAUGAAAUAUUCAGUCGUGUCGAAGCUCUGUAAUCUAUUGUAUCACGUGCAUAAUGCCUUCACCAACACAUUCACCCAAUUAUACCACCAGAUUUUUACCACUGCAAAGUCAUUUUUGUCACCGGUAGCUGACAUAUUCGGUGUCUUAUCGUUUAGUAUGUAACUCAGACGGAAGCUUACUAAGCAGUCCUUUAGUCGUCCGGGUUGAUCUUGAGGUCCUGUAUUUGCAUGACACUUGCUCUCCGCUAUCACUUUUGCUCGGGAUUGGGCGGAAUAUUCGUGUUUUUUGGAAUUUACUUGUCUUACACCUAAUUGUACGUGCUUUAAAAUCCGAUUUUGUUUGAAAUUGUUUUGUUUCCUAGAUAGGCAGCACUCAUAUUGACUAAGUUGCUUGACCAUUCCUCCGAGCCCAACCUUUGAAGUAACACUCGAACAUUGCCCCAAAAUCGGUGUCGUUCCUAUCACCGAAGCAGGCAUAGACCAGUAGACUAUGUUCGCAGUCAGGAUACCUGGUAAUGGAGGGACUUUCGCUAGACUAUAAUUGUGUUGUCCGAUAUUUCAAGCAAAAGCUGUUUUUCAUCCCCUAAAACGGUUUUGUUCAAGGAAAGCCGUCCUCUUUUGAUUAUGUUAAUGCCUGUGGUGAUGGUCAUAAUCGUGCCACUUUCCUCAUUUAACCAGAUUCUCGAUCAUUAGGUUCUUAUCUCCCUCCUUUUCCCCCAUCCCCUCAUUCUAUUGAUUCUCGCCCGUCCUUGGGGUGUUGUUUGGUAUGCGAUAACCUUGGACAGCUUCCGGUGGUUGAUGAGCACGACAUCCUUGCUCGUUAGUAUAUUUCAUGGUUUCAACCCACCGACAGAGCGUACUCACAUGGCUGUUUUCUACGAAGGAUGACUUCUGUCGGUAUCUACUCUCCGCACGGGUGCCUUGGUUCGGUUAAUGGCAUAUGAAGACACAACAAAACAGAACAGGCUUGGUCCCGCACUACGUAUACAUUCUUUUUAGAAAGUCGAUAAAAUAUCUAGAGGCUCAUCGACCGGAGUCUCUUGUCAGUAUGUAGUAGGUCUCGCAAUCCGGUAUCAAUUAAAAAUUUCCCAACCCAGUUUCGGCGGGUUGGUUUUUUGGUGGAAAGACAUGUCAUAAAGUUGUAAGAUAAAGGGUGUAGUUCCAGCAUACCCAAUUGAAGAUUUAGAAGAUCGUGCAUUACUCUGACCGAUAGUUGGGUUUGUUCCCCUUUGCAUGUUAAGGUUUCGGGGUCUCGUUUUUGCAACUAGAUUUGACGAAUAUCAUUGUCACAAUCCCCUUUACUGUUGGUUGGAAACUUGUCGGGCACGGCACCCAGUAGGAAUCAGUGGCAGUCCUCUUUCGCCUUCGUCUUUACCUCUUCUGGCUCUACUUGUUUUGCAUUGGUGAAUGCCAUUUCGACCGUUCGUGAUCCCUCAUCGGACUCUAGAUUUAUGAAUAAUAGCGAUGACAGGCUCCUCGAUCGUGCAAUUCUAGAAAAAGAUGUCUGUAGUUAACAGACUCACGGGGCGGUUUUCUUUGUUUGCUUGUUCGUACUGUGAAAUAAACUGUAUGUCCUUUUGGUGACAGUUGACAAAUUCCUACGCCAUUGAUGCCUUGUUCUUAUUGUAGUCUUCUCUUUGUACAAUAAUAUGACCUCGAUGACUUUUAGCUUUAUGACAGCGAGUACGAGGAUUACGAAGACGAUGUUUACUCUGACGACGACGACGUGUAUUCGGAUGAUUCAUACUUCCCACUGGAGGACGAGUCGAUGGCUGAGUAUUUCAUCCGCACGCAGCUAAUGAGUUAUGACCAGUUCGUGCUUGAUAACGAGGGCAUGUAAGUCGCCUUUCUUCUACUCUAAGUAUAAAAGCGGUAGUGACUGCCCAUAAGUCAGUAUCUACCCUUCACUUAAUGACGGGCCACGUAAUUUCUUGCAUCAUCGAGGGUCAACCCACGUAGGAUGUGUCAUUAGAAAUACAUAGGCCAUGAGCUACGGUUCUUCGAAAUUGAAAGUACGAACUAGGAGUAAGCGUGGAGCGGAUCGUGAAAUUUGGAAGGAAACGUAUCCAACGGUCUAAGAACCCUUAUUUUAAGCUGCAUCUGGUUGCAGUUAAUUGUUUCAUUCAUUGUCUUUACGACUCACAUUCCAUUUGGAUUUCGACUGCAAAACCUGAUUAUCCAAAGAGUGAGUCGCCUUUUUCAAGCCGAUAUGUACUGUACUGGGGUUCACAGCCCCCAGAAUUGGCCGCACUGUUAUGCUAUACCUACCUACAUCUGGGUCACAGACUUGCGGGACGCGUUCGACUGCCUUGUUGCGUUAGUCCCAGGCAGUUUCUGCACAAGAGUAUGGCACAGUUUAGACUGUGGCUUAUACCGCACCAAAUCCCACCUACAGUCAGUGUGACGUGGACUUUUCAGCGACAAGGAAGGGAUAGUGGGCAGAUCCAGCUCGCAUCCGCACUAUUGCAAGUCGUAAGCGUCUUAAACCACCACAACGCGCCAAAAGUUGCAUCUAGGGAGACUGCCUGUUGACGAACUAACUCAGUCCUCUGCCUCGAGGUUCAUACCGCGAUGGCCCCUCCUUGAUGUGUCUUAUGUAAACGUACUUCAGUAUGAGGUCUGAGUAUGUAUAACCACGGGCACGCCCCUUGCACGCGUAGGCGCAGAUUCGCUCACUUACACUACACACGCUCAUCUGCAAUUCCCAACUUUGUCUUGGCAUGAGAAUGCGGUAGGCGUGAGAAGGGAUAGUAGUGUGAAUACCACUAAAGUCUCCACCGCUAUAAACUGCGGCAUGCCUUAAAGACAGUGGUCCACAUCGUUUUCGGCGGACUAGCGUACCGUAAAGAUACCCAAACCGGCGUUAAUAAUAACUAACACUAGAACUGCUAGAGCAAACAGUUAGCCUUGUUUUGGAGACCGACCAGUAGGUCUGAUGAUCCGUAAAAGGAGUUGAGUUUCCAAUCCUUGCACUUAUUCUAAGCUACUGAAUGCUCUUUUUCUGACCUGAAGUGAAUUUUUCCAAAGAGCAAAACCAUUAGACUGGUCAAGUUCGUCGUUGUUUAGAAGCCUCGCAAUUUUUAGCUCUUUUAUGGGUGCAGUUAAGCUUUUCUUUUCCCCCAGAUCUGAUGACGACUUCGAGCCCCCUACCACCAACACUCCCUCAAUUCGUUCCCCUGGUCAGCGAGACCGUCCUCGUCCUUGGAGACGAAAUACACGUGCUGCAAAUAACGGUACUACUGCCAGUAACACUAACUCAAACGUUGUCACCGCCGUCGUCCCCUCGGUCUUCACAUCCACUGUUAUCACCAGCAACAGCGGUAACAACCGUAACCGAAACCGGAGGUUGGGUGCAAGAAUCUUUCGUCGCUGUCCCGAGUGGCCCCUCUGUCCAGACCCCAGUCACUGUGAUUACAUGCACCCCAAGAAUAACUGCCGCAACCCCCGUCCCUGUCGCUAUGGUGACUCCUGUUGUUUCCUCCACCCAGAAGAUUUGGCUCGUCUUGGUACCGCGCGAAUCUAG